UGACAGCUCUGUUCCGUCUCGUUCACAUCAAGUCAAGUUCUGCAGUUCACUUUUAUGCAGUUCAGUGUUUGUUAACUGAAGAAUUCUCUUCCCAGUGCGGUUGUUUGUUAAUCGUGGGGCCUCGCAGUCAAAAGACGGCCUGAUUGCGUACGAAUACAGUGAUCGAUUUUCGAACAGAGUCGGCCAUGUUGAAAUUGUGAGCAGCCUGCUACGAAGAAGAACGUCCAAUUGAUUGUUCCCGUGCACUAGGCGCAGCAGCAGCGGAGGAAAAACUGGCAAUUUCCAGAGAAAAACAAUAGAAAACUGUUUCAUAAGUGUACCAAUUUGUUGUGAAUUAGUGCGUGGAUAAGUUGCAGAGAUGUCUCAGGCGUUACCGAUACGUUUUCAGGAGCAUUUGCAGCUCACCAACAUAAAUAUCAACCCGAGCUCGAUCUCCUUCACGAACUUGACGAUGGAAUCGGACAAGUUUAUCUGCGUUCGUGAAAGGGUCGGAGAGACGGCUCAGGUUGUCAUCAUCGACAUGAACGAUGCACAAAACCCGAUACGACGUCCGAUUAGUGCCGAUUCUGCCAUCAUGAAUCCGGCCAGCAAGGUGAUCGCCUUGAAAGCUCAAAAAACUCUCCAAAUCUUCAACAUUGAGAUGAAGUCCAAGAUGAAGGCCCACGCGAUGACGGAGGAAGUCGUAUUCUGGAAAUGGAUUACGCUGAACACGUUGUCUUUGGUGACGGAAACUUCGGUGUAUCACUGGUCUAUGGAAGGAGACUCGACUCCGGUCAAAAUGUUCGACCGUCAUUCGUCACUGAACGGGUGCCAGAUAAUCAACUAUAGAACCGAUCCCAAGCAGGCUUGGCUUCUUUUAGUUGGAAUUUCUGCGCAACAGAACCGUGUAAUUGGGGCAAUGCAGCUGUACUCGGUCGAGCGUAAGGUCUCACAGGCUAUUGAGGGCCAUGCCGCUUCAUUUGCAACUUUCAAGAUGGAGGAGAACAAGGAAACUUCGACACUGUUUUGCUUUGCUGUGCGCUCGGCGACAACUGCAAAACUGCACAUCAUCGAGGUUGGCGCUCCCCCAACUGGCAAUACGGCUUUUACCAAGAAAGCGGUGGACGUGUUUUUCCCACCGGAAGCGGGAAGUGAUUUUCCGGUCGCUAUGCAGGUGUCCCCAAAGUACGACGUGAUUUAUCUCAUCACCAAGUACGGAUACAUCCACAUGUACGAUAUCGAGACGGCUACUUGCAUCUACAUGAACCGUAUUUCGGCGGACACGAUUUUCGUGACGGCGCCGCAUGAAUCGAGCGGUGGCAUUAUUGGGGUCAAUCGCAAGGGUCAGGUUCUGUCGGUGACGGUCGACGAAGAGCAGAUCAUUCCCUACAUUAACAGCGUGCUGCAGAAUCCAGAUUUAGCGCUGCGUAUGGCCGUUCGUAACAACUUGUCUGGAGCUGAAGAUUUGUUUGUCCGCAAGUUCAAUCACAUGUUCCAGAACGGUCAGUAUGCUGAAGCAGCCAAGGUCGCUGCAAUCGCUCCGAAAGGAAUUUUGCGUACACCACAGACGAUUCAAAAGUUUCAGCAGGUUCCAGCACAGCCGGGAACCAACUCGCCGCCGCUGUUGCAAUAUUUCGGAAUUUUGCUCGACCAGGGUAAACUGAACAAGUACGAGUCGUUGGAGCUCUGCCGUCCUGUUCUUGCUCAGGGUCGUAAGCAACUUUGCGAGAAAUGGCUGAAGGGAAAACUAGAGUGCAGUGAGGAGCUCGGUGAUUUGGUCAAGCCGUCCGAUCCAACAAUGGCACUUUCGAUUUAUUUGCGCUCCAACGUUCCAAACAAAGUGAUCCAAUGCUUUGCUGAAACUGGCCAAUUCCAGAAGAUUGUCCUUUACGCCAAGAAGGUCAACUACAACCCGGACUACAUUUUUUUGCUGCGUUCUGUCAUGCGGACUAACCCGGAACAAGGUGCCGGAUUCGCGAGCAUGUUGGUUGCCGACGAGGAGCCUUUGGCGGACAUCAACCAAAUCGUUGACAUUUUCAUGGAGCAAAACAUGGUCCAACAGUGUACCGCGUUCCUUCUGGAUGCCCUUAAGAACAAUCGACCGAGCGAAGGAUCGCUGCAAACUCGUCUCUUAGAGAUGAACCUGAUGUCUGCCCCGCAGGUCGCCGAUGCUAUCCUUGGGAAUGCUAUGUUUACCCAUUACGACCGCGCUCACAUCGCCCAGCUGUGCGAGAAGGCAGGACUGCUCCAGCGUGCUCUGGAACAUUACACCGAUCUGUACGACAUCAAGCGGGCAGUUGUCCACACUCAUUUGCUGAACGGAGACUGGUUGGUUGGAUUUUUCGGCACUCUUUCCGUUGAGGAUUCUCUGGAAUGUCUGAAGGCAAUGUUGACUGCCAACAUUCGUCAAAAUUUACAAAUUUGCGUUCAAAUCGCUACAAAGUAUCACGAACAGUUAACCACGAAGGCAUUGAUUGAUCUGUUUGAAAGCUUCAAGAGCUACGAAGGAUUAUUUUAUUUCCUCGGCUCGAUUGUCAACUUUAGCCAGGAUCCGGAAGUUCACUUCAAGUACAUUCAGGCGGCUUGCAAGACGAACCAAAUCAAGGAAGUUGAGCGUAUCUGCCGUGAGUCAAGCUGCUACAACGCCGAACGGGUUAAGAAUUUCCUGAAAGAGGCCAAACUUACCGAUCAGUUGCCGCUCAUUAUCGUUUGUGACCGUUUCGAUUUCGUCCAUGACCUUGUCCUGUAUCUGUACCGUAACAGUCUCCAAAAGUACAUUGAAAUUUACGUUCAAAAGGUGAACCCAUCUCGUUUGCCCGUCGUCGUCGGUGGUCUCCUGGAUGUGGAUUGUUCCGAGGAUAUCAUCAAGAACUUGAUUCUGGUCGUGAAAGGACAAUUUUCGACUGAUGAACUGGUUGAGGAGGUUGAAAAGCGCAACCGUCUGAAGCUGCUACUGCCGUGGCUCGAAUCUCGCGUUCACGAAGGUUGCAUUGAACCGGCCACCCAUAAUGCGUUGGCGAAGAUCUAUAUCGAUUCGAACAACAAUCCCGAACGUUUCUUGAAGGAAAAUCAAUUUUACGAUAGCCGCGUCGUUGGAAGAUACUGCGAGAAACGUGAUCCACACCUGGCCUGUGUUGCGUACGAACGUGGUCAUUGCGACCGUGAGUUGAUUGCUGUUUGCAACGAAAACUCGUUGUUCAAAUCGGAAGCUAGAUAUCUGGUUCGUCGCCGCGAUCCGGAACUGUGGGCUGACGUGUUGUCCGAGGCCAAUCCCUACAAACGUCAGCUGAUUGAUCAGGUCGUCCAAACGGCUCUCUCGGAAACUCAAGACCCGGACGAUAUCUCAGUAACGGUGAAGGCAUUCAUGACUGCAGAUUUACCGAACGAGUUGAUUGAACUGCUCGAGAAGAUUGUACUGGAUUCAUCCGUGUUUUCUGAUCACCGCAAUCUGCAGAAUUUGCUUAUCCUGACUGCAAUCAAGGCUGACCGGAGCCGUGUCAUGGAUUACAUCAACCGACUUGACAACUAUGAUGCACCUGAUAUUGCAAACAUCGCCAUCAACAACGAGCUGUAUGAGGAGGCGUUCGCAAUCUUCAAGAAGUUUGAUGUCAACACUUCAGCUAUUCAGGUUUUGAUUGAACAGGUUCAUAACCUUGAGCGAGCCAACGAGUUUGCGGAACGUUGUAACGAACCGGCGGUGUGGUCUCAGCUGGCCCGCGCUCAGCUGCAGCAAGGAUUGGUAAAGGAAGCCAUCGACAGCUACAUCAAGGCGGAUGAUCCUAGUGCUUACAUUGAUGUGGUUGAAACCGCCAGCAAAAAUGAAUCGUGGGAGGAUUUGGUCCGCUAUUUGCAAAUGGCCCGCAAGAAGGCUCGCGAAAGUUACAUUGAGAGCGAGCUGAUAUAUGCUUACGCUCGCACUGGCAGGUUGGCCGAUCUGGAAGAGUUUGUUUCGGGACCGAACCACGCGGACAUCCAGAAGAUCGGUGAUCGCUGCUUCAACGAUAAAAUGUACGAAGCUGCCAAGCUGCUGUACAACAACGUGAGCAACUUUGCAAGGUUGGCCAUCACUUUGGUGCACCUGAAGGAAUUCCAGGGAGCAGUGGACGGGGCCAGAAAGGCCAACUCGACGCGCACCUGGAAGGAAGUUUGCUUCGCUUGCGUCGAUGCCGAAGAGUUCCGUUUGGCACAAAUGUGUGGUCUGCAUAUCGUUGUUCACGCUGACGAGCUGGAGGAUUUGAUUACCUACUACCAGGACCGCGGACACUUUGAGGAGCUGAUUGGGCUGCUAGAAGCUGCGCUGGGACUAGAACGUGCCCACAUGGGAAUGUUCACUGAGUUGGCUAUUCUGUACUCCAAGUACAAGCCAGCCAAAAUGCGGGAACAUUUGGAGCUGUUUUGGUCACGCGUCAACAUACCAAAGGUCCUGCGAGCGGCCGAACAGGCCCACCUCUGGUCCGAGUUGGUGUUCCUCUAUGACAAGUACGAAGAAUACGAUAACGCUGUUCUAGCAAUGAUGGCCCAUCCUACGGAAGCUUGGCGUGAAGGUCACUUCAAGGACAUCAUCACUAAAGUGGCCAACAUUGAGCUGUACUACAGGGCGAUCCAGUUCUAUCUGGACUACAAGCCGCUUCUGCUGAACGAUAUACUCCUAGUGCUGGCACCCCGGAUGGACCACACGCGUGCCGUCAACUUCUUUACCAAGCAGGGACACUUGCAGUUGGUCAAAACAUACCUUCGUUCUGUGCAAAGUCUGAAUAACAAGGCUAUUAACGAAGCCCUCAACGGGCUGCUCAUUGACGAAGAGGACUACCAGGGACUCCGAACUUCGAUCGACGCAUUCGACAAUUUUGACAACAUCGCCCUUGCUCAGAAAUUAGAGAAACACGAGCUAACCGAAUUCAGAAGAAUCGCCGCUUAUCUGUACAAAGGUAACAACCGCUGGAAGCAGAGCGUGGAACUGUGCAAAAAGGAUCGCCUGUUCAAGGACGCGAUGGAGUAUGCGGCCGAGUCGCACCAGGGCGAGCUGGCCGAAGAACUGCUCGGAUGGUUCCUGGAACGAGGCGCCUUCGAUUGCUUCGCAGCAUGCCUAUUCCAGUGCUACGAUCUGCUACGUCCUGACAUUAUUCUGGAACUGGCCUGGCGCCACAACAUCAUGGACUUUGCCAUGCCCUACUUGAUACAGGUGACGAGAGAAUACACUUCCAAGGUCGACAAACUGGAGGCUGCCGACGCGGAACGGCAGAAAGAGGGUGAAAAUUCCGAACAUAAAUCGAUCAUCCUGCCCGAACCCCAACUCAUGCUGACAGCCGGACCGGGCAUGGGAAUGCCACAGUACGCGCCUCAAUAUGCCGGAGCGUACGUGGCGGCGACGCAACCGAAUAAUAUGUCACCAUAUCCUGGAUAUGGUGCGUUCAGUUAAAGUGAAAAUUACUGAUAACAUCGUUUUCAUCUAGUUGAACAAGUUAAGUUAUAUAUAUAUAUAUAAUAUCACCGAACAUUAUUGUGAAAUCUAAGAUACGACAAUUAACACUAACCGAAACUGGAUGUCGGAUGCUAUAUUUAUUGAGUUGUUAAUAUAUUUUUCAUUGAAUAUAAAUUAUGUUAGUCGCUUUCAUCGAGAUCAUAUAUAAAAGGAAACAAAGAUAAUAUCUGUCUAUAGGAAAAGAUCUUACUCUUCUCGAUUACUAUGUAGAAACACCGUUGAUAAAUUAAUAAUCCAUAGACAAGUUUCAAAUCUAUAAAAAGAAACGAGAAUCAUGAUUGUGAUAGGCGCAUUAAAACGUAUAUUCGUAGUAGUUGCAAUGUAUUCACUGUACAUAAAAAAGUAAAAAAAGAGAAUUUUUAUUGUUUGAACCUUUGUCAGCAACUGUGGACAAAAUGUAUUGUUUAUUUUUAUCAUCAUUCUUAUCAACUGUGCAAACCUGCUAUUUCGUAUUUGGACACAGAAGCCUGAAGGUUUUAAAUUUGUCAGCUAUACAGCAUAAAUAUGCGGAAAAAAUCUAAUUCAUUCAAGACGCUUUGAAGCAAAAUCCUCCACUCACAAACUCAGUUUAUGUUUGAUUUCUUUUUCAACAUGUUUGUAAUGGCAUUAAUGAAUUGCAAUCAAUAAUGCGCAUUUCCUAAAUAAUGAAAAAACUCAA